CGCCGGAAGUACGGUGCUCGGAAGGGUCCGACUUAGGCCGACUCGUGUCGCCCUCGUCUCAAUCGAGCUUUUAAGAGUGGGGCAGGAACCGGCACCUGAGUCUAAGCCGACUCCACCGUUGUGACAGCCGGCAAGUUUCUUUUCUGAGCUUUCGGCUUCGCUCGGCUGCGAAGUGAGUCGUGAGCCAGCCGCUCCCGGCGUCCAGCCUGGAGAACGGGGUCGUUCAGGCAGCGCCCGCGGGAGAAAGGGGUCAGAAAUCCUGGAUUCUCACCCUGCCACCCAAGAAAGUCAGGAGGAAAAGUCGACGGCCUCUGUGUCCCUCGCCGCCCUGGGAUAGGACCCGGCAUGUCUCAGGCCACCAAAAGGAAGCAUGUGGUGAAGGAGGUGCUGGGGGAGCACAUGGUGCCCUCUGACCAGCAGCAGAUCGUGAGGGUACUCAGGACCCCGGGGAACAAUCUGCACGAAGUGGAGACAGCCCAGGGGCAGCGCUUCCUGGUGAGCAUGCCCUCCAAGUACCGCAAGAACAUCUGGAUCAAGAGAGGGGACUUUCUCAUUGUUGACCCUAUUGAAGAGGGAGAAAAGGUGAAGGCUGAGAUCUCGUUUGUGCUCUGCAAAGACCAUGUGCGCUCUCUGCAGAAGGAGGGGCUCUGGCCCGAGGCCUUCUCUGAAGUGGCUGAGAAACACAACAGCAGCAGGAACAGACAGACCCAGCCAGAACUCCCAGCUGAGCCGCAGUCAUCAGGAGACGAGUCCAGCUCUGAAGACGAUUCCGACCUCUUCGUGAACACCAACCGCAGGCAGUACCACGAGAGUGAGGAGGAGAGCGAGGAGGAGGAGGAGGCAGCCUGAGACCCCAGGACCCACUUCUCCUCGUGCUCAGAGACUGGUCCUCGGCCCCUCUGAGCUCGGACAUUCCAGGGCGCUCUGCAGCUCUCCCCCCCGGGUGGGGACGAGGCAGGACCCCUCUCUGAACUGGCCUUCCGACCUAGGAGAAUUAAACCCCUGGCGGGUGACGACGCGUGCUGGUGUCCGAGUGGCUCUCUGGGGUGGAGGGGCCUGUGGUGACGUUAAAGGUUUCCCCUUGAGCUUGAGUUGGAGGCUGCGUGGGCAUGUGGGCCGAGCGAGCAGGAAGUGGGGAAUGGCCGCAGUCUUUUCCGGGUUCUUGCUCUCUUCUCACUGGGCACCUAGUAAGGGGCGGGUUCCCAGUAAGUGUCAGGCCUUAUGCUGUCCCUCCUGGAGUGUAUAUCAUAGCUGGGGACAGACAGUCCCACUUUCUUGCCUGCUCGCAGUCCGCACGGAUCCAGGAUCACAGCCAUAGGGCCUGGUCCCUGUUACCUCUCAGAAACGCUCAGGAUGACUUCACAGUGCCUCGUGAGCUGCUGCCCCUGCCUUUCCCGUCACCCGUGGCUGCCGGGGUGCCCACCUCCGUGCGGCCGUGUACACCCCCGGUCGCUGGGCCCUCGUGGCAGCUCGGACCGCUGCUCCUCCACCCUCUUGUGAACCACCUCGUCUCGCUUGUGGGUUGUUUUAUUUUUUUAACCUCUGGCUAUACACCCUUCUUCCUCAUUGCUGGCAUUGACCUUUUAAGAUUUUGUUUAUUUUUAGAGAGGGGGGAGGGGGAGAAGGGAGGGGGAGAAGGGAGAGAAACAGCAGUGUGAGAGGGACACAUCCACUGAACCCAUAGCCUGGGCAUGCGCCCUGACCAGGAGUGAAAUGGUGACCUUCCCCUUUAAGGAAGGUCACUCAUCCAGCUGGACCACACCGCUCAGCGCUGGCGUUGGCCUUCUCGCCACCGCUCGGGCGUCGGAGAGUUGGUCUCCUGGCGUAGAGUCUUUUCCUUCUGCCCAUCUUCAUUUCCUCCGUCCCGUGGAAGGGCCCACUCAGCGCUGUGUUCCUUCCAUUCCCAUCACCAAUGCUCGUGUCUUCCAAUCCGCGCCUGCUGCCCACACCCCUCGUUCCUGGACACCUGGCAUCAGUACAAACCGCAGCACCUUUUCAAUGCGGGUACCUGUGCAAUCACCGCCUCCUGGCUUUCUUGCUCACUUGCUCAAUUCCCGCCUCUGCAGAAAUUUUUUAUCUUCGUCCUCCAUCCCCACCACCUUCCCACCAUUAUUCUCCUAUCUUCAGUUUCCUCCUUGUGCAACACAGAUUCCAUGGCCCACACCCUCCACUCCCUUGUCUUCCUCCACUGUGCGCACCUGUUCGGACCUCACCCCGGCCAACCCAGUCACUCGUCCCUGCUGGGCCUGCCGCUGUUAGAGAAAACCGCCAGCGCGGCUCGCUGGUUGUACCUUAAAUUUGUCAUUACAGACUGCAGGUGGGCCCUCAGCACUGCCUAGCAGGUCGACUCAGGUGCAUGUCAACACUUCUUACCUUGUCUGCAUCCCCCUCCUCUGCUAGUUACCACAGCGCACACGUCAUUAGGAAGUGGUAGCCAGCCCCGGCCGGUGCGGCCCAGUCAGUGGAAGCGUCGCCAUGUAAGCUGAGGUCGUGGCUUCGAUUCCUGAUUGGGGCACAUGCCUAGGGUGCGGGUUCGGUCCACCACUGGGGCAUGUAUGAGAGGCAACCAAUUGAUGUUCCUCUUACAUCGAUGUUUCUCUCCCUCUCUGGAAUCAAUAAGCAUGUUCUCUGGUGAGGAUUAAAAAAAGAAGUAGAAAUAGUAGCCACUGGUGGGAACUCUCCCCUCCUCACCAACCCCGCAAGUGUGCCUGUGGGUCUUCAGUCUUUCCACCUCCCACUGUAAUUCAGUGGGACCCCGGCCUGUCCUCCAUCUGCUCCUCAUCACACUCUUCUGUUUGCUUAGUGCAGCUUGAAAUGUGUGUGUAUGUGUAUGUGCUUGUGUGUAUGUAUAUGUACAUGUUUCAGAACAUCUACGUACACACAAAAACCCAGAGGAGGUAGAGGUGUAUAUAUACGUAUGUGUGUUUUUUAACUUGCUUGUGUUUAUGUUUUAUGGGAAAUGGCUAACUUUUCUUGUGAAGGGAUGGCCGCUUGUCCCUGUACUGUCUAUGGAAUGGGUCAUUCUCUCCCCACCAAUUUAAAUACCUCUUUUAAAUAAACUGCAUUCCUGUGCAUAUAUGUACGGAUGUCUGUGAAAUUUCUAAUCUGUUGAUCUGUUGCACGUUUUAUAGUGUGAUCGAUACUGCUCCCUCCUCCCUGCCCCACUGUUCCUUGAAAAUUUCCUCUUUUUUUUUUUUUACGUAAGAACUUCAGAGUGGGCUUGUCAGUUUUCAUUUAAAAGUCCUGUUGAGGUUUUCAUUGGCAUGAAUUUAAAUCUUACAGCUUGAUAUGGAGAGAAGUGCUGUCUUAACACUUUUGAAUCUUUUUAAAAGUUUUUAUUUACUGAUUUUUAGAGGAACAUCGAUUUGUUGUUCCAUUUAUUGAUGCGUUCAUUGGUUGAUUUUUGUAUGUGCCCUGACUGGGGAUUGAACCUGCCACCUUGGCAUAUUGGGGCUGACGCUCUAACCAUAUUGGGGCAUAUUGAGUUGCCUGGCGAGGGUUCCUGAGUCUUCUUGUCCGAAAAUGAGGUCAUGUUUGUCCUUCUGCAAAGUGUUGUCUUCAUAUUGGUGUCUAGUGUUUCCAGUUCAGUUUAGUCUUAGGAUUCUUAAGAGUUAUUUAUUGUUACAAAUGGGUCUUUCGAAAUUACGUUUCUGACCGCUGCUGGUGUCUACAGAAGGCUGUCGCUCUUCGUGGGCUCACCUCACUGAUCUCAUUGAGUUUUCUCAUUCUCAUUCACUCUUCAGUUGAUUCUCUUCUCUUUCUGAUUAAAAGUCAGAUCUUCCACUAGAGGAGGAUUCGUCCGAUCCUUUGUGCUCAUUUCUUUUGCUUGGACUGGAGAGGCCAGGACCUCCGGCGUCAUGCUGAAGGGCGCCCUCAUCUGCUCCUGUGUGGGCAGGGGUGGGUCUCACGUUUCCUGAAGAAAUCUGAGCCCGUCUCUGGGUUUCUGGUGAAUAACCUUCACUGGGCCGAAGGUGUGUCCGGUUCCAGCCCACUGGGGGGUUUCUCCUCCAGUCAGCACAUCGUGAUGAAUUCUGACGUCUGCUGAGAUAAUCAGAAGAUUGUGUUUUAUUGUACUGAUUUUCUGUACUGAUUGAUACAUUCCCUAAUGUGGAACCGCUUUCACAUUCUGAUGUAAACCCUGCUUAGUUCUGUAAUGUGUAUUUAGCUGGGGGUUUUAUAGCUGUCUCUGGGCCAGUUUCACUUUUUGUUUCAGCGAUCUGAUCGCCCUGCCGCAUUUUGAUAACAGAAUUAGGCUAGCAUGUGGAAUGGGUUUAGAAACAUUUCAUCGUUGUUUUUUUUUUUUCCAGCUUGAAUUUCUAGAAAGGAAUGAUUUGUUUCUUUAAAGUCUGGUAAAAUGUAUUUAUAAAAAACAUCGGUGCUUGAUGCCUUUAUUUCUGGGUGGAUCUUUGCCUUUUAAUUUUUUUCUGAUUCAAGUUUUCUCUUUUUGAGUCCAUUUUUAUCACUUUUUUUUUUUUUUUUUGGAGAAUCAUAUAGUUGAUGUACAUUUAAGGUUUGGGGGGCAAAAAGUCAUGCGUCGUAGUUUGUAUUUAGGGCUUUUGUAAAUUACUCAUAAAGCGACAAAAUCUAAUUUGAAUGAGCAGAAGCAAAACUUGGCUCGGCGACCCGAGGCGACCCGAGGCAUAAGAGCGGAGCUUCAGGCAGAGCUGACCCAGGCCGGCAGGACCCCACCGGGCUCCCUGCCCGGUUACUUCUCGAGUUACCUCUGCUCCUCUGAGCUGAUGAUCCCUUUCUCCCUACAAGUGUUUUCCUCGGGAAACUCCUGUCUCCUCUCAGUCCUUCCAAAGGGUCCCUUCCUCCGGGUGCAGGCAUCCCCGGGAAGACCGCUGGCUCUGCUCAGUCCCUUGCCCGCUCCUGAGCAAUCCCUGCAGCUGGGUAGGGAGGUGGGGGCUGGGGGACGCGAGAUGAGCCACACCUGAUCCACAUGACCUGGUUCCUGCACCAGCAAAAGGGACGUGGCCGAGAGAGAGCCGCAGAUCAGACCCGCAAGAAUGUGUCCUGGUUUCUGCGUAUUUUCUUGGACUAGCUUUGCAGAAUGUCCUUGUUAGUCUUUUCCUGGUUCUUCGGGUUUAUUUUCUCACUUUUAGCUUCUGAGUUGUAUGUUUUAUUGAUUGAAUUUCAGUCUUGUUUUUCCUUAUAUUUAGGGCUGUACGUUUCCCUCUGAGCACUCCUCUGAGUGACUGUUCUGGCACUGCUUCUGCAAGCCAGGCCUUGCGCUCUCCUCCAGCUCACAGCAGGCCUGCCGCUUGCCUGGUAGACCCUGCUCCCUGAAACCUUUUCCUCUCCGAGUCUCCAUCUCUUACCAGCCAGUCAGCUCCUGGGGGAAGUAGAGUCCUUGUAUUCUGCGUGCUUCCCCACUUUGUCCUUCUCUGAGGCUCGUCUCUACCUCUGUUUCCCAGCUCCGUGGUGGGCUCCCCCUGCGUGACUAGAUCUCCCAGAACGAGCUGAGUGCCCUAAACACUCUCUCCCCCUCCCAGCUGCCGCGGACAGUCCUGGCGACCGGUUGCCCGACAGUACUGGUCCCCGCCGCAGUCAGGCUUGAGACCUGUGGCCCGUCGGCCUCUGCCCCUCUGCCCCUGUGGGACCAGCCGUCUCAGCCGGGCUGGUUCCCCUAGGGCUUCCCCCAGGCAGCCCAGCUCUCGUUCUCCCCUUGUCACCCGGCCACCCAGGCACGAGGUGGGGCAGAAGCAGGCUUACGGUUGUGAGUGUGUGAAACACAGAGUUUGUUCUCGUGUUACUACCUAUUCGUUAUUGCAUUACCUUCCGUGCGAACAACGGAAACCUGCUUCUGCCCCGCCCCGUGUGUGCGCCGAGGAGUGCGCUUGGCCCUCCGAGCUGCCGCGUGGAUCUUCUCCUCCAGUCUGUGAAUGUGGCGAGACCGCUCGACACGGUUUCUGCCGUCAGAACACCCUUGCAGCCCUGCAGUGAGAGAGUCGUGACGUGCUUUUCAGUGUAUUGCUGGAGCUGGUUUUUGACAUUGGGGGUUUGGGCAUCCAGGUUCGUGGGGGAGAUGGCUUGAGCUCCCCCUUUCCUGGACGGCCCCUGUCUGGUUUCUCUGUCCGGGUGGCGGUGGCGGCACCUCCUGACAUGACUUGGAGGGUGUUCUUGAGUCUUUAUCUGCAUUCCACAUGCUCGUAGAAGGUUGGAAUUUUGCACUCCUAACACUUCUGGGAACACUUACUGUAAAACCCGCUAUGCUUGGCAUUUGGGGAAUGGUGGGGGGACUUUCAACUCCAGGUCGUUACUGAUGACGGAUUGCUCAGGUUUCUGUUCCCGAAUCAGCUAUACUUUCAAGGAACAAUGUUUUCACAUUUCCUCAUUUUUUUUUUACCGAUGGGUUUAAAUUUGUUGGCACAGAAUCAUGUGUAGACUGGCCUUAUGUUUGUAGUGUCAGCGGGUGUUUAGUUAUUAGUCUCUUUCAAAUACCAACUCUGUGUUGUCAUUCCUCGUCAUUGUCAGCUUCCUUCUUUUUAUCUAAUUCCUGCUCUUGUUCUGUUCCCCUGAACUCAUAUGCUCCCUUUGGGUCUGUCCUGCGGUUUUCUGACCUUUUCGGUUGGGUGCUUAGCUCAUGAGUGUUCAGCUGUACCUCCUCACCCACCCGAAACUGUAAAGGGAAUUUUCAAACCUAAAGAAUUGUAAUAUAAGUACCCAUAAUACCCCUCAUCAGGGUAGAACAUUUGCAAGUUCUAUUUCUCUGUAGACACAGCACGCACGGGUUGUAUAUUUAAUUGUUACAUCUCUGUAGCCCUUUUUAAUUUAGAACAGGAGAUGCCUUAAUGUUUUUUUGUUCUUUAUAAAAUGGACUCGUGGCAGGUUCCGUCCAGCUACCUUAUAAAGACGCCCUGCAGUUGAA